CCAGCGAGGAGGGAGGAGCGAGGGGGAGCGCGGGCCGCAGCCGCCCCCGCCCGGCGCCUCCCGCGCCUCCCGCGCGCAACAGUUCCCCUAAAGUUGCCGCCGGGGAGGCGCGCAGCCGGCGGGGGAAGCGGCCUUGGCCCGGCGCGCGCAGCCCCGGCGGGCGGCGGGAUGGGCACUCGGCAGACCAAGGGCAGCCUGGCGGAGAGAGCCAGCCCGGGCGCGGCGCCCGGCCCCCGCCGCGAAAGACCCGACUUCUGGGCGUCGCUGCUGCUGCGUGCCGGGGACAAGGCGGGGCGCGCGGGCGCUGGGCUACCCCCCUACCACCGGCGCGUCGGCAUGGUCCAGGAGCUGCUGCGGAUGGUGCGCCAGGGCCGGCGGGAGGAGGCGGGGACGCUGCUGCAGCACCUGCGCCAGGACCUGGGCAUGGAGUCAACCUCGCUGGAUGAUGUGCUGUAUCGCUACGCCAGCUUCCGGAACCUGGUGGACCCCAUCACACAUGACCUCAUCAUCAGCCUGGCCCGCUACAUCCACUGCCCCAAGCCGGAAGGUGAUGCGCUGGGUGCCAUGGAGAAGCUGUGCCGGCAGCUGACCUACCACCUUAGCCCUCAUUCACAGUGGAGGAGGCAACGAGGGCUGGUGAAGAGGAAGCCACAGGCCUGUCUUAAGGCCCUCCUAGCUGGGAAUCCUCCAGACAUGGUGGACCUGUCAGGCAUCCCACUGACCUCACGCGACCUGGAACGGGUGACCAGUUAUCUUCAGCGCUGCGGAGAGCAAGUGGACAGUGUGGAGCUGGGCUUCACAGGCCUCACAGACGACAUGGUCCUGCAGCUACUGCCGGCGCUCAGUACCCUGCCUCGCCUCACCACACUAGCCCUCAAUGGCAACCGACUGACCAAGGCUCUGCUGAGGGACCUCACUGACACCCUGAAGGACCCCAGCAAGUUCCCUAAUGUCACAUGGAUUGACCUGGGCAACAAUGUGGACAUCUUCUCUUUACCCCAGCCCUUCCUGCUCAGCCUGCGCAAGCGCUCUCCCAAACAAGGCCACCUACCAACUAUCCUGGAGCUGGAGUAACAAGAGCUCAGCUAGCUGCUGGAGGUGAUCACUGCACAGAGCAAACUCACCUCCUCCUCCUCCACUGCUGCCAACACUGCAUCCCAGCACUCGGUCCUCCAAACUUGAGGAAGAGACACUCCUAAAAUGGACUGCAGAAACAGGACGGAUUAAUGACAGCCCCACUGAAGCCCAGCUCUAAGCACAACCUACCAAGAGUACCGAAAGCCUUACAGAGGGUCUAUUUUAAGUUAUUAAAAAUAUAAUCUCAACCACCAGUGAGACGGCUUCUGAUAAACCAGCCCACCAAGGUUCAACCCAUGGAACCCAGAUGACAGGAUCAGUGGAAACUUAAGGGCUGGGAAAAUGCAACUGGACCAGGGUUGAUUCCCAGCACUCACAACCACCUCUAGGGCCCUUUUCUAGCCUCCGUGGACAACAGAUAAAGAUGGCCAGAUGCACACCCCACCCUGUUUUAGCCCAACUACAACCAGCACUGAGUACAAGCAUCCCAAACCAAGCUAACAAGGUCUGGCCCAACUAAAAUCAAGGAAAGCUUACCUCAUGGGAGGCCAGGGCUGCGGGAAGUCCUCCACUCCAAAUUCCCUACCUAGAAAAAUAGAGCAGCUGUUAUAGUAGAGGCUGAGCUAAUCCUAACGGCCAGGCACUGGUGAGCGCUUGACUGCGGUCAGCCAGGAACAGUUAUCGUCAGUUAUCGCCUCUGACGGCACUUCCUAUAGCGAUCUCAUCACAGCAAUCAAGCGUUCAAUGGAGACCCUGUGGGUGCGCAGAACACGGUGCAUUCCCUGGCGCUCAGACUCCGAGUUAAGGGGAUAUGGGCCACCCCACCCGGGCACAGUAUAUUGUAGUAGGCCUCUUAGCAACUGAGCCAUCUAGGGCCAGGAGCCAUUUAGGUAAGAACGAUUCUCCACGAAGCGUGGCUGGAGGCCAUAGGUAGCGAAAUUACGAUCUUGGCCACACCGUGACCAAUGGCCCCGGAAACUUACCUCAGGGUGGGAUCCUGCGCCUCCUGUUCGACAUUCUGUCCAUCCCCGGUCUGAAAGGUUAGAACGGGAGUUCAGAGCCAAAUUCCAACACUCGCGCUCAGCAGUCAAUCGCCGAGGGCUGACGACUGCGGUCAGCUAAGGGAGCUCGUCAGUUCUCGCCUCGGACGGCACUUCCUAAUCCUCAUUAUCAUCAGAGCAGUCGCCACCCCGUGCACGCGCGGUGCCCCGGGACGCAGACCCCGACCUACCCGGCUCCCUCAGGUGUGCGCGGCGCCCA